GAGUAUCGGUAUGCUCCAUGACCUUUCUCCAGAACUCUUUGGAGGAUAUCGCACUGAGUCAGCGUGGCACACCGGCGCUUGGACAUUUUGUUACCGCGUUGUCCAAACAUUUUGUUGUCGACCAGCAGAAUCCCAGGCUUGACUGGUCCAAGGACAAGUCAAAGAUGCGUUGCAUCAAUGAUCACGAGCUCAAGUCGUCCGACCUCAUCAAAAGCCGGACUACCCCUCAAGAGUAUACGAAGCGCAAGGCCUAUACGACCUGCUUCAGGAAGCUCCAGCAGCUCCAGCAGAGCGCGUCAAACCCGGACCAGGCAGGGCCGUCUCGACAACCGACGGGAGGCAACGAGCAUGACCAGAUGAACGUCGAUGAUGACCAUUUCCUCCCACCUCCAUCCGUGUGGACGCCGGCCCCGAACCCACAGCCGGAG